GUGUCUUCAUAAGAUGCCGGCUCGGCGGCGUCUGGUUCUCCCCCCGCAAGAUGGCGUCCAUGCGGGAGAGCGAUACGGGCCUGUGGCUGCACAAUAAGCUGGGGGCCACGGACGAGUUGUGGGCGCCGCCCAGCAUCGCGUCCCUGCUCACUGCCGCGGUCAUCGACAACAUCCGCCUCUGCUUCCACGGCCUCUCGUCGGCCGUGAAGCUCAAGCUGCUGCUCGGGACGCUGCACCUCCCGCGCCGCACGGUGGACGAGAUGAAGGGCGCCCUGACAGAGAUCAUCCAGCUGGCCACUCUGGACUCGGACCCCUGGGUUCUCAUGGUAGCUGACAUUCUGAAGUCCUUUCCCGAUACCGGUUCUCUUAAUCUGGAUCUUGAAGAGCAAAAUCCCAACGUUCAAGAUAUUUUAGGAGAACUUAGAGAAAAAGUGAACGAGUGCGAAGCAUCAGCCAUGUUGCCGCUGGAGUGCCAGUACUUGAAUAAAAACGCUCUGACAACCCUCGCCGGACCGCUCACUCCCCCAGUGAAACAUUUUCAGUUAAAACGGAAACCGAAGAGUGCCACGCUGAGGGCAGAGCUCCUGCAGAAAUCCACCGAGACCGCCCAGCAGCUGAAGAGGAGCGCGGGGGUGCCCUUCCACGCCAAGGGCCGGGGGCUGCUCCGGAAGAUGGACACCACAACCCCCCUCAAAGGCAUCCCAAAGCAGGCGCCCUUCAGAAGUCCCACCACCCCCAGUGUCUUCAGCCCUGCCGGGAAUCGGACCCCUAUCCCGCCUUCGAGGACGCCUCUGCGGAAGGAGAGGGGAGUGAAGCUGCUUGACAUUUCUGAGCUGGAUAUGGUCGGCGCAGGCCGAGAAGCAAAGAGAAGAAGGAAGACAUUGGAUACGGAGGUGGUGGAAAAGCCAGCCAAGGAAGAGACAGUCGUUGAGAACGCCACCCCAGACUACGCAGCCGGCCUGGUGUCCACACAGAAACUCGGGUCUUUGAACAAUGAGCCUGCGCUGCCCUCCACGAGCUACCUGCCUGCCACGCCCAGCGUGGUCCCAGCCUCAUCCUACAUCCCCAGCUCCGAGACCCCACCAGCCCCAUCUUCCAGAGAAGCCAGCCUGCAGGCCAGCCGCCCGCCCGAGGAGUCCAGUGCCCCAAGCCCCGCGCUGCCGACACAGUUCAAACAGAGGGCACCCAUGUACAACAGCGGCCUGAGCCCGGCCACACCUGCGCCCACUCCGACAGCACCCUCCUCACCGCUGACACCUACCACACCCCCGGCCGUCACCCCCACUGCCCAGACGCCGCCGGUGGCCAUGGUGGCCCCGCAAACCCAGCCCUCCACCCAGCAGCAGCCCAAGAAGAACCUGUCCCUCACGAGAGAGCAGAUGUUUGCUGCGCAGGAGAUGUUCAAGACGGCCAACAAAGUCACGCGGCCCGAGAAGGCCCUCAUUCUGGGCUUCAUGGCCGGCUCCCGAGAGAACCCGUGCCAGGAGCAGGGCGAUGUGAUCCAGAUCAAGCUCAGUGAGCACACUGAGGACCUGCCCAAGGCAGAUGGCCAGGGCAGUACUACCAUGCUGGUGGACACGGUCUUCGAGAUGAACUACGCCACGGGCCAGUGGACGCGCUUCAAGAAGUACAAGCCCAUGGCCAAUGUGUCCUAGAGGCCGCCCCUCUGCUGGCCUUGACUCAGGCUUCGGGGGACGACAGCGCUGCUGGCUUCGCUGGGUGACCUGCCUUGAUGUGCUGCCAAGCCCCAGCCUACUGAAGCUUUAGAUUCGUUUCUCUGGGGUGUUUUGGACUUACUUUUUAAAUUUUAAUAUGGGUUACCUUUUGUGUGAUUUAAGACACUUUUUUGGAUUCAGUAUUACAUUUUUGAAUGUUAAAAUUAACCAAAAAAGUUACAACUUCCUAAUUUUAGUGACA